AUGGCUCUCUCGCGCUAUCUCCUGCGUCUCGUCGUCUUCUCCGUCGCUCUCGCCGCGCAUCACGCCAUCAGCGCCACCGCUCUCCGUCAUGAUGACGUCAGGGAGCCCACCUCGCUCCGCGCUUUAGAAGACUCAGUCAAGGUCAAACGUCCCCUCCCUACCAAACCUCCACAGACUCUAUUAGAGCUUACGUCUUCCCCGUCAAUGCUGCCGGCGCGCGCUCUUCCCCGCCGCGCGCUCAAGCACGGCGCGACAACAACGCCGGGUUUGAACUCGCCGCUGCAGGCCGCUGAAACGGACAGCGAGAGCGACAGUAUCGAGGACAGCGGUUUGGAGGACGUCGCGCUUGACGGCGGAGCGGCGGAAACCGGCGGAGACGCGCGCAGGGGACUCCUGUCGCGCCCGCAGAUCAGCAGCAACGACGCGAGGAAGCGCGGGGAAGCCCUGGCGAAGAAGGCAGCGAAAAAGGCUGGCGAAAAGGCGGCGAAAAAGGCGCUGGAAUACGCGGCGAAGAAAACGCUGACGUCCGCUGGCGGGUCGGCAGUGAGCGGAAUCGCGUCUAUGGUGGGCGUGGGAGACGGGCCGACCAUGCUCUCUAAGGUCGGCUCGGACAUUGAAAGAACCGGCAAGGUUGGACGCGUUAUAGGGAAGGUGAUGCAGAACAAGGUUGUGAACGCCAUGGUGAAUACAGUGGCUCCGAAGCCGCUCAUGACGGGGCUGAAUCUGGCGGCGGAGCAUUACGAUGACAUCAAGAGGGAAGGGGAGAAAGCCGGGAAGGCUGUAGGGAAGGAGGUGAGCAAGGCCGGGAAGGCUGUAGGGAAGGAGGUGAACAAGGCUGGGAAGGCUGUAGGGAAGGAGGUGAACAAGGCUGGGAAGGCUGUAGGGAAGGAGGUGAACAAGGCUGGGAAGGCUGUAGGGAAUGAGGUGAACAAGGCAGGUAAAGCGGUGGGGAAGGUGGGCAAAGCGGUGGGGAAUGCGGUUGGUGGUGCUGCCAAAAAUACCGUGAACGACAUGAAGAAGGCUGGGCAGGCCGUUGGGAACGCUGCUAAGAAGGCCUUAAGUGGAUUCUCAGGCCUUUUCGGGAGGAAGUAG